GGCAGUCUGCGCGCUGAUCCCCCGUCGCACGGUCUGUGCCGCCCCGAUGCCCGCGCUCCCGUGAAAACUCGUGUUUACAAUGUGCUUUCGCGCCUUUUUCUGGGCGCUCCUCCUGAGCGUCCCGUGCGUCCUCGCCGUCACCGUCUUCAAGUGCUGCAACGACGGCUCCGUCCUCAACGAAAACGCCGACUGCGUCGAGAGCGGCCGGUCCUCCAGCUGGGCGCCGGCCAUCUACUCGCCGGUCAACCGCGGCUUCCUCCCGCCAGGCACCAUCCCGUCCAGCUGGACCUUCAACACCGUCCGGAAGCCGGUCUGUCCCUUCGGGAGCCCCCUGCUCCUCCGCACCUCGCCCACCCCCAACUACGUCUCCUUCGAGAACGGUUCCCUCUGGUGGCAGAACUCGGGGAGCAUGUUCCACCCGGACACCUUCUGUGUCGACUCCACGGCCGUCCUCCUGUGCUCGGAUAAGGUGGAGGAGGCCCAGCCCCCGAGCGAGGGGUCGUCGACGAAGACGCGCGUCCGGAAGUGCUGCGGGAAGAGUGGUGUGUUCAGCGAGCGAAAGCUCUCGUGCGUGGAUGUGCCGGCCGACAACGAGAUCCUCCGGAACUUCCUCCAGAACACGGUCAUCACGUCCGGGUUCCCCAGCUGCAAGGAUGACGAGAGCUUCGACAUCAGCGGGACCCUGGACGAUUCGCACGCGCUUAAUAUCGACGGGACGCUGAGCGUCUCCAACGGUACAGUGAUCAGUGAAUAUUGUGUCGAGAAGAUCCUCGAGAAACCCGAGGAUAAAGCCAGUGUUUUCACGUGUCCGUCCAAGUUCAAGACCAAGUUGGAUCUCAGCUACUCCCUUUACCCGUACGCCUUGUUCCUCUCGGCGAUAUUCCUGGCCAUCACUCUGGUGGCCAGCUGCCUCCUGCCCAGCACCUACCAUGUCUUGCACUGGAGGUGUCAGACCAACCAUGUGGCUUGUUUGCUGCUCGGUGAUCUGUUGCUCGGCACCGUGCAGAUAACUGGAUCGUCCCUGUCGCCUGUCUUGUGCAUUGGAAUAGCGAUCGCGAUGCACUUUCUGUUCCUGGCGGCGUUUUUCUGGCUCAACACCAUGUGUUUCAACAUCUGGUGGACUUUCCGGAAUUAUGGAACCCUCCAGUUAUCAUAUGGAGCUCCAGAGAUUGGAGAUAAUCAUCCCGAACAGUGGCCGUAUGAAAAGCUUCAGCGCAGGGAUCUAAGGCCGACAAGUCUGGACAUCGGGCAGGAGACGUGUCGACUUCGCUUUUACGAGCUUUACGCCUGGGGAGGACCCUUGCUCAUUGCCGGUGUAGCGGCAGUCAUGGACCGAAUCCCUGAAGUCACUCACACCACUCUCAUCAAGCCUAGGUUUGGCGAGGCUCGCUGUUGGUUCUACGGCGACGCUGAGAUUUUGGCUUACUUUUACGCUCCGAUUGGGAUACUGCUCGUUUUGAACCUAACGUUGUUCCUGCUGACUGCUAGGGAGUUGACAUGCGGUUUGUGGCGGACGGAGGUCGUGAAGUCGACGACAGAAAGGGCGACGCUGAGCCGAGUGUGCCUGAAGCUGGUGAUUGUCAUGGGCGUGACGUGGAUCGUGGACAUAAUCUCGUGGGUGGUCGGGGGGCCGCAGUACAUCUGGUACGCGACGGACAUCAUGAACGCCCUCCAAGGCGUCUUCAUCUUCAUCGUCGUCGGGUGCCAGCCCCAGGUCUGGGCGGCCGUCAAGCGGCUCUGGUGCUUCAAGAAGCUCCCGUGGUGCUUCCGCGAGCUCCCCUCCGAGACCGGCAACGUCCGAUCCUCGUCCUCGCACGCCACCCCCUCGAUCGUCAACGACCACUCCACCACCAAACCCGUCUCCGAGACCCUUUGUUAGUUCCUUCGCUCCUCCGCGGGGUCGCCCCCCGGAUCGCGCCCUUUCAUAUUUUGACUUGCGCCAUGGACGAGUUCUUUCGGAUACUCAAUGACAGAGCCACUCCUCAGCCGGUGUUCAUGCCGAUCUAUUUCCACACUUGGGGUCAUUUCUGGUCCAAUUAAUUUGAAAAUGAAUUUAAAAAAAUUCUCGUAUGGUUAAAAGAGCGUAAACUAUUCCGUGAUGUUUGUAAAAGUUUCGCAUUUACAGACGACUGAAACCGAUGGUUUUGUAUUCGUCGUAAUUAGUCUUCGCGAUGAUAGCGAAGUUUUUUUCAGCUCCCAUUUCACUCAAAUUAAUGAUUUUUAUCACAAGAGCUCAUUGUCUCAUCCUUCUUUUAAGAAAAUUAUCACAAGUAUCAUGGCUUACCUUGUGUGGAAUAAAUGGCAUCCAUCCACUAGAGAGGAAUCUUUUUUAGGAGAUUGUAAUCACUGAAGUCGACUUUACUUCAGCAUGUCCAACGAAGUUUGUUUAUUUUAGAUUUGAUGUUUCUUGACGUUCUUAUAAUGCACGUAUCGACUCGGCAGGAUAACUCGGAUUACUUUAAUUCAUUUACUGUCUCUCACAGAGCUCACGUAUCGUACCAUUUUUACUUUCUCGCUCCCCUAGUUUUCUAUCGAGGAUUAUAAAGAGCUUCCACCUUUUAGAGAGGAAUCCCAGGGUUCUUUUAAUAUAAGAACGAAGUAGUGGACAGUGAAGUCACCAUACCCCCACGGUAUACAUGAGGUGGGCAAUCGUACGUACAUUUUCUUAACGAGUUAUCUUGCCGUUCUCAAAUCGAUCUUAUUGACAACUGACUUAUUCCAACACGGAUUUUUGUAUUUCCUUCAAUCCUCGACUUAUUUAUUUCCUUCCGGAUUGAAGAAAAUUAAAAACCGCUAGACUUGCCUGUUGGAGCAAGUUAGAACAGAAAUGAAGUGUUUUGACCUUUAGCAGAGCCUUGACUGUUGUGCAUAGUUACAUGUGAUUUUACCGCUUGAUGUUAACCUGUUAAAGCUGCGCUUGUGUGACGCUUUCACCAUUGCCCCCCUUUUUGCCCAUAUUUCCUUUUAAAAAAAUGAGUGAAGGCCAGUUUUUUUCCUAACGAUGUUUCAAGAAGCGCUUCUUAUUAUGAAAUGACUUUCUUUUUAAUAAAAUUAUACUCGUAUGCGUCUUCAUCUUGAUCUGGCCUCUAGUUUAGGUUAACUAAAGGUACUAGUAAACUAAGUUUAAGUCCGUUUUCGGAGUGUUAAGAUACUAUCUCCUGUAUUUCAUGGCCGAAGGGGGACACUGUUGCUCGCGUCACAACAGAACUGCUAUUGUAUUUUUAUUUAUUAACGUAUUUAUGUUUGUUUUUAUUAAUUUAUGAGCCCCUGUACAUACUGUAAUUUUUACAGUUUAAGUAUUACUUAAAUUAGGCCUGAAUUGACUGAUUAUUUUUAAUUGUACAUAUUUUUGUUUUAUGUGAUGUAAAAUUUAAUUGUGUUAAUCUCCUUAAUUGUUCCUCGAAUUUCCGAGUCGAAUAUUCCAGCUUUUACCGUACUCGCUUACUUACACUCUACCUUCCCCCGCCUUUACCGUGCGUUCUUCCAUAUUUGAAAGUGCUGAGUCGAUCGCGAAAAAUAUUGAAAAAUUAAGGCACUGUGGUAUAAUAUCUGUUGCAAACCCAAAAUAUCCCUUAUCUCGGCGGUUUUCAACUCCGCAAAGUUCCCGUACGUUUUUAUUUUAAUGCAUGAUGCACCUGAAGCCAUUUUUAACUGCGGAACACAUAGUAUCUCUUUUCCUGUCUGAAAAAUCGUGCAUAAUUAUCCCUUGCUUUUCUUCCAAAAGAAAGAAGUCGCAGCAGUAAUUUUGACCUCACUAUCGACUAUCGAAAUCACCGUUUUUAGUUUCAUUAUGUCAAUGAUGCUCCAAUUAGAAACUGUGAUCUUAUCGUGCUUUUUGCGUUAGUGUCAUCAGGAUCCGAAAUACACAUGUUUUCCUUAGAUUUUUGUUGUUUGAUGAUUCUGUCACAAACUCAUCAGGUAGAGUAGGGCAAUUUCGGAGAUUUUCUUGCUGUAACUAUGCUUAAAAUACUGUACAUAUUGUGCAUUUUUUCUAGUAAUUUAACUUCGCGUAUUUGUUUUCUCUUUAACUUCAGUUCCUGGUUUUCUGCAUUUUAGUUACCCAAAGUAGCCUCAGGUUUAAUCCGCUUCAAUGGAAAAUGGGUGGGGGUCGUUUUUACCCUUAACAGCUACUGACGUACCCUCGGCAACGUGAGUGAAACUUAAGUUGCUUCAAAAAUGAUUUUAACAAUUAUAUGACUUAAAAUCUGUCCUUUAUUCCCAAAAAAAUACCUUUUAGCAUUGGGUUUACUCGGUGGCAUUGUGAAUUAAUGUCCUCUCAUCAUACAUUCUUGAAAAUUGCUUCUUAUAAAUAUGCGUAAUUAACGUUUCUAAGUGUCAAGUAAUAACCUGGUGAUUAGAUUAACCUAGGUAAGCUCAAGGAAGAAUCAAUCUUAGAGUCACCUUAAAUGGCCGCAAGCACGCACGUUUUAAAUUAUUGUUGAACUUUAAGGAAAUCGCAUGUUUUUCUAAUCUUGUUUUUUAAUCAUUUAGUUUUCUCGCGUUUUACUAUUAAAUGUCAACACGUUUAAAAAUAAUUUUAAAGGUCUCUCCUUUUAGGACCGAAAGGAACCGUGUUAUUUUAAUUUAAUUGUAUACAUUACCUUGUGAAUACUGCACAUCAUUUAAUGGAUACAUGUAGGAGCCUAUGUUAAUUUGUAUUUUUAUUUAUACGCAGUGCUCCAUUAAUUGUAUAUUCAUUUUGAUAGACUCUGUACAAAUCAGCUGUAAAGAAACAUAUUUUUAUGCAGAUACAAUUGAUGCAAGUACAAACGAAUUAUCAUGGAUUCUUCAUCUGUUGUCAGACUUAGUUACUGAAAAAUAUUUUCCAUGUGUCCUUUUUUAGAGCUGUUCAUAGAAUUUUCAAUGAUUUUACAUAAUUUUUUUAAAAUUGCCAAUAACUAGAGCAGAUUGUGCCUUUUAGUACUUUCUAUUCACUACUACCGUUUUUAAAUUUUAAACGAUUUUGUAAUGAAUUAUCUAACGUUCUAAAAAUGAAUAUUAUAAAUAUAAAAAAUAUAAGUGAAAGAUUUCAAAUAUAUUUUUACAUUUCUCUCUGCAUGAAUUAUACAGCCAUAUUUUCAUAUUCUUUUAUUUUUGUAAUCAUGUCAGGUGCAUUAUAUAUGUCAACGUAAAUGAAGAAAAAAAUGUAUAGCUAUCAACGAACACAUCACAUCGAGUUAAUCUUAAUACAAAACCGUUUUUUCUCUCUCUUUCUUAUUUAUUUUAAUCGAUUGCUUUGCUCCCUUGAAUAUUAACUAUCAUAUUUUGAUUAAUCGCUGAUUGUGUCUGCGCUAAAUUGGCCACGCAUUUAUUGUGUUUCUAUGUUGUUACAUUUUGAUGAAAUUAUUUAUUAUCUCUUGCCAAAUAAUAAAAAUAAUAAAAACUAAGUGUAUUUUAAUGUAAA